AACAGAAUCAUUUCAGAUUUCAUUGAAACCACUUGACAAAAUAUUCUCUAUUUUUUUCGUGUCAGCCGAAUAACUCUCAAUAAAAAUGUUCAAGAACGUGAUUGGAAUUCUGGUACUUCUUGGAGUGUUGAUGAUUGUGAGCCAGAAUAUUGUGGAUGCACAGUUCGGCCGAGGCUAUGGAAUUAGACGCUUCGGUGGAGGAUUUGGACCUGGUUUCUAUGGCUACAGACCUGGCUUCGGCGGUUUUGGAAGAGGUUUUGGCCCGUUUGGAUAUGGGCCAGGUUUUGGCUAUCGUCCACUUUACUUUUAAAUAUGUUAAAAAUCACUUUUUUUAUUAAUAAUUAUAAAUAAAAAAAUGUUACCAAAAGCCAAUAAAGAAAUUAUAAAUUUAAAGUA